GCCAGGGGCUACUUCCUGUACGGAUGCCUGGCCUCUCUGCCACUUCGGGGCCUAGCCCCCCCCAGUAGAAGAGAGAACAGAAGGAGCUUGGUGAAAUACCCUGAAACCUCCCCCCUCUGACCCUACAGCCAGGCCCUCAGGCUGGGGACCAGCUGGAUGGGAGCUCAGGCCCAAGGCCGGCCAGGGGCUGCCUCUCACACUGGCUCUCCCCACGUCUUGCAGCCUGUGGCAUCGGGGGGCACCAUGGCCCAGGCCCUGGGGGAGGACCUCGUGCAGCCUUGCGAGCUGCAGGAUGACUCCAGUUCUUUGGGGUCUGACUCAGAGCUGAGUGGGCCCGGCCCAUAUCGCCAGGCUGAUCGCUAUGGCUUCAUUGGGGGCAGCUCGGCAGAGCCAGGACCGGGUCACCCUCCUGCAGACCUCAUCCGCCAGCGGGAGAUGAAGUGGGUGGAGAUGACCUCUCACUGGGAGAAAACCAUGUCUCGGCGCUACAAGAAGGUAAAGAUGCAGUGCCGGAAAGGCAUCCCCUCGGCCCUGCGGGCCCGGUGCUGGCCCCUGUUGUGCGGGGCCCAUGUGUGUCAGAAGAACAGCCCUGGCACCUAUCAGGAACUGGCUGAGGCCCCUGGAGACCCACAGUGGAUGGAGACCAUAGGCAGGGACUUGCACCGCCAGUUCCCUCUGCAUGAGAUGUUUGUGUCACCCCAGGGUCAUGGGCAGCAGGGGCUCCUGCAAGUACUCAAGGCCUACACCCUGUAUCGGCCUGAACAGGGCUACUGCCAGGCCCAGGGCCCUGUGGCUGCCGUGCUGCUCAUGCAUCUGCCCCCAGAGGAGGCCUUCUGGUGCCUGGUACAGAUCUGCGAGGUCUACCUCCCCGGCUACUACGGGCCCCACAUGGAGGCCGUGCAGCUGGACGCCGAGGUGUUCAUGGCCCUGCUGCGGCGGCUGCUCCCGCGCGUGCACAAGCACCUGCAGCAGGUGGGCGUCGGGCCCCUGCUCUACCUGCCCGAGUGGUUCCUGUGCCUCUUCGCCCGCUCCCUGCCCUUCCCCACAGUGCUGCGUGUCUGGGACGCCUUCCUCAGCGAGGGUGUGAAGGUGCUGUUCCGUGUGGGGCUGACGCUGGUGCGCCUGGCGCUGGGCACUGCAGAACAGCGCCUGGCCUGCCCGGGGCUCCUGGAGACACUCGGUGCCCUGCGAACCAUCCCCCCAGCCCAGCUGCAGGAGGAGGCCUUCAUGUCCCAGGUGCACAGCGUGGCCCUGUCCGAGCACGACCUGCAGCGGCAGAUCAGAGCCCAGCUCGCCCAGCUGCCCGAGUCGGCGUCCGGGCCACCCCCACGGCCACAGGCCCGCCUGCCCGGGGCUCAAGCCAUCUUUGAGGCCCAGCAGCUGGCAGGGGCGCGGGGAGGCACCAGGCCUGAGGUGCCCCGAAUCGUGGUGCAGCCCCCAGAGGAGCCCAGGCCGCCCCGGCGCAAACCCCAGACCCGAGGCAAGACUUUCCAUGGGCUCCUGACUCGGUCCCGGGGCCCCCCUAUCGAAGGCCCCUCCAGGUCUCAUCGAGGCUCCACUUCCUUCCUGGACACCCGAUUCUGAAGGUCCUGCUUCUGAAGGGACCGUGGACUCAGUGUCCCCCAGCCCCAAUUGCCUGAAGGGCUGAUGCCAGCCUCACAAAUGGGCACUGCACUUUAAGGCUGGGAUUUGGUGACUCGGCUCCCCUCGCACGGACUGUAUCAGGCACAGGGAUGAAGGAAGGGGUAGGAUUUGGGGGACCCAGGCCCGCCAUCUGCCCACGGAGCUGUCCUGGAGCCUGGGCACUUGCAAGCAUCAAGCUGGCGCUAAGGUCGUUGGCCGGGCUAGGGGACCCCAAAGGGCUCCUGGGAGGCCUGGAAUAAAGUCUGACUGA